AUGCAGCAAGCCAAUGAAAACCAAGCCAGGAGAGAUAGGAGCUGCUUUGAGAGCCUGACCUUAUGGGACCUGAAGAACCACAACCACAAUCCUACUCUGUGGGUAGUUAAAGACAGAGAAGAAGACGUAGAAUACCAGGAGAAAAGCGAAAGUGAUGAGGAGGAAGAAGAAGCAGAAGAAGAAGAGAAGGGAGAGAAGGUAGAGGAGGAAGAAGCAGAAGCAGAAGAAGAGGAGAAGGAGACAGCCAACACAUAUCCCAGGUGUGUCCAUCAUCAGGGCCUGAAACUGAGUGUGAAGGGGCUGAGAGUGAGACAGACAGGAGAAGAGAAGUACGGUCAGCUCAGAGAGAUCCUAGGAGACCAGUAUGUCAGGGAGGUUACCUGCGCCCCUGAAGGAGAUAGAGUGGUCCUCCACCUCUAUCACCCUAGUGUACCUAUGUGUUCCCUGUUGAAUCACCACUUCAGUCACUUGGCCACUAAAUUCCCUGAGUGUAAGUUCCUGCUGAUCCUGGCGGGGCAGUGUGUCCCCAACUACCCUGUCAGCCACCUCCCCACCCUGUUCAUCUACGACUCAGGAUGUAUCCUCAACUCACUGAUAGGAGAGAAGGCCUGUGGAGGGAGGAAUGUAUUGGAAGAUGAGCUGAAGUGGAUGCUGGCCCAGUCGGGAGCGUUUGUGAUUGACAGCUACGAGGCCUUAUACCAGGAGGGCACGCCCAUCACAACGCCGCGUUCGGAACAGGAAGACUACAGCGAUGACCAGUCUGAUCACUAUGACAACCAAGGCACCGAGGUGUAG